AUGGGCGGGCUUCUCAACAAUGAACCGAAGCUCAGAAUGGCUCAACGGAGAAUUGGCUUGAACCGCAACCAAAACACCCCAUCUCUUCUAUCUCGGCAUAAGCCUCCUUACAAAAUCAAGGUGCCGGAAACGAUUGAUGCUCCUCCAGUAUCCAGCAGCGACGAGGACGAUGACAGUGACGCCGGUUUCGUCUCUCCCAUCAAGCCGAUUGCCCAGCACAAAUCGCCUUCUAAAAGCCCCCAGAAGCUAAACAUGAAGAAAUUAUGCUCUCUGAUCGAUAGCUCGGAAAGCUCAGGAGAGGGAGACGAGCGGGCAGCACGGGCCGGUAUCAAAAGCACCAAUUUUGGCACAACGAAAGGGACCAUGACAACACGAGAAACCCGAAGUAAGAGGAAGGAUUCACCGGUCGAACGAACAGAGAACGCCAAGGAUGCAGACAGUAAGAGACGGAGAAUGGGUGAAACCGCCCAACGAACUCAACGCAAGACAUCCAGGAGCACCCCGCCAGCCAGCUCGGGGGAGCAUCUUAGGGACGAACUAGGAUUCACGAAGAUCAGGAGAGCCAAAGCAACGUACGGGAAAAAAGAGAAUAGCUCACAGGAGGUACCGGUUAAGAAAGGUUUGACAGACACUCAACUUACGCCGUCAGAUACUAAUGCUGAGGUAGCGCUGAAGAAAGAUUCGGCAACUCUACGGGUUCCGGCCGUGUUGCAAAGUCCUGAGCGGACCAAGAAGAACAAGCUUCUGUUACCUUCCGAUCUCCCCCCUUCGUCACCUGAGGACAAACCGAAACUCAAAUUAUCAAGUUCCUUCGGAUCAUCACAAUCCUCCCCUGGUGGCAGAAGGGAGAAGAAAUUACGGAAAUUCAAAGCAGUAGAACGGUCUCCAUCGCCCCCUCCUGCAGUUUUCAAGAUGCCUGCGUCAAUAUCAGAUCUCCAACUUCGAAAAUCGAAGAAUGACGCAAUAGAGGAUUCACUAAUAGACGACCAGACUGAUGUCCAGAGCCAAACUGAUCAGGUUGUGAAAUCCAAUGUGGACGACGAUGGAGAAAGUGCAGAAGCAGCAGCGACGUGUCCCUGGUGCGGGGAACCUGUUGAUAAGAUGUUACUCGACGACUUUGCCAAAGGGAGACGAUUGAAUGUUCGACUACAAAGCAAAUUUUGUCAAAAGCACAAGAAGCAAACAGCGACGGAGUUAUGGGAGCAAAAGAGCUAUCCUGAAGUCCAGUGGGGUGGUCUGGAAAAGCGCUUUACAAUGCAUCACGAAUUGCUGCUGAACAUUAUAAACGGCGGAGACUCGCACUUCCGCUGCAUACACAAAAAGAACAUUUCGUCUGGAAAAGCAAGGUCCAUGAAGAAGGAAGGCAAUAUGAACCCGGGAUACUACGGACCACGUGGAUUCAACCUGAUGUGCGACUAUUUAGUCAACGAAUUUAGCGACUUGCUCAAGAAGAAAGCGGUGGACGACAGGGUGAUUUCUGGCCGUGGAUCAGCGGCGUUCAUCCAGACCGUCCUCGUGGCAGAACUGGCCGUCCGGCUCAUCAUGGACGACAUGAAUGUUACCGAGGAAGAAGCACGCGAUAUCCUGGAAGAGAGCAAGGCACUGGGUGAGAUGAUUCACGAAGAGACAUGA